GAUCUAAGUUGUCUCUGAUGCUAGUUGUGACAGGACAAGAUUUUAUUUGAUUGUAAUUUGUAUUCCUGAAUUCAGUAAAAAGGGAUCGGCCUCCAUCAGAGUACUUUGUAAUAAAAUAAACUGAUUACUCAUAUCAAGGUUUAUGGAUAAUAUAAAUGAAGAAAAUAUAGAAGAAUUGUCAGCAAUGGACAGGAAUUCCGAGUCAUCGCGACUAGUCGCUCCAAAUAAUACCACAAAAACGAGUUACUUAAAUCUCGUCAGUAACAUCUGUGCAUUGAUAUUUUUGGGGAUCAUCAUGUUCUGCUGCUUCAAAGACGGUGUUACACUUUUUUCAUUUCAUCCAACUCUGAUGUCACUGGGGUGGGUAAUCAUUAUGACAUCAGCUAUCAACGCAAUAACACCAGGAGAUCUUGCCACAGAGUGGAUGCCAAUAAGACUGCGGAGUGCUCGACAUUGGGUUCUGCAAGUAUUUGGUGGAAUAAUAAUACUUGUAGGAUUCUUAAUAAUAUUGUCAAACAAAAUUAUCAAUGACAAGCCACAUUUCACUACCCUGCAUGGAAAAUUUGGACUAGCGGCACUAAUUUUUAUGUUAUCUACAAUGAUUGGUGGUAUAGGCGCUCUGUAUAGUUUGAAACUAAAACAUUAUCUUGCACCAAUUUACACAAAAUUGAUACAUGCUUCAGUAGGUUUGGUUACAUUUGUUUUGGGGGUAAUUGCCAUAUGUCUUGGAUUAUUCUCCCAUUGGUGGAAAUUUGGAGAUGCCCUAAGAUACACAUGUUUUACUUUAGUUCUUUUCAUCAUGUUGUUCACUAUCCUAAGACUGCUUAAAAUAUACUUCAGGGUCAAAGAACGAUUUGAAAACGCAAAUUAAUGAAUCAAUAUGAAUAAUUAAAACCAUCUAGAUAAAUUAAGCUUGACUAUGUUGUUCUUGCAUACCUAUUGUGAUAUUUUGCUAUAUUUGUCAUUCCCUGUAAAAUUUAUAUAUAUGCGCUAUCUUUUCCAAGCGACUUCGCUGGCGUUUUUCGGAAGUCCGCAAUUUUUUUCCAGGACAAAAAGUCCUAUAUCCUUGCCAGGGUCUCAGAAUAUCUUUAUACCAAAUUUUAUCACAAUUCAUUGAAUAGAUUUCCUCGAUAAAUGGGCUAUCCAACAUUGAAAGAUUUUUUCAAUUUGAGCCAGUUUUUCUGAGAUUAGUUUGCUCAAACAAAGAAACAAACAUUCUUAAGUUUUAUAUCAUUAAUAAUAAUACAUAAUUUAUAUUUUUUAUUUGUGAUAAUUUUUUUGGUGCUGUUUUGUAAAAGUAUAAGAAUGGUGUAUAUUUUCCUUUAUUCGAUACAGAUCCACAGAUUUGUUGUGGGCCUUGUGGUUAUGACAUAAAUUAUAUAUAUUUUUAAGUGUGACUAAUACUAUUAUUUAAUUGAAAACUAUGAUAUAGUGCAAGUAAAAUCUAUAUACUGAUGUAGAAAGGUAAGAUAUACGAUUUAUUGAUAUAAAUACACACAGCUAUUAAGUAGUGUCAAUGAAUAUGUCUUUAGAUAAAUUUAACAUAAGGGAGGUCGCUCA